CAUAUCACUGUUGUUGUCAUUAUUUUUGUACACGACAAUACCCAGUUUUUAUUUUAUUUAUAUUAAUCUACAUUAUUUUUACUGUGCAAAUAUUAGAUAUUUUAUUAAAUGGAGGUGGCAUUAAUGGAAUUGGAAAGAUGCCGUACAAGUGGAGAUGGUAUGGAACAAGAAGAUCUACAAGAGAAAGUAGAUCAAACACAAACAGCACCUGAAACUAAUACGAUCGAUAAUAAAAAAGAGCUACAUAAAGAUAAGCAAUCAUCAUUGAGAGAAGAACAAUUCAAGCAGGUUUCAAGAAAAACAUCAGGAUCGUCAGUAACAAACAAGGCAAAUCAAGGAUUGCCACUGCCUGGGUUGCAUACAUUAUAUCGAAGGCCCGACUGCAUAACAAGGAGUUUAAAACCCGUGGUACCGAAAGGCGAAUUAGUUAUGAUGAAACCACGUUUAGUAGAUCCUAUUAAUGCUUUGCCUGAGCAUAAAAAGAAUAAACCCCCUAAAUUUAUACCCUUCGAACCGUAUACCGGAGCUGUAAACCCCAUAGUGUCAAAACAGAAAAGUGGUUCGGCGACACCAAGAACAAUGACAACUAAAUCUAAUCGCAAUAAUUUGGAUAUUGGUAUAUUGGUGACGCAAAUGUCCUCAAUGAGAACACAAGAGUUACAGGAACCAGAAGGAGAAAUUAAGGAUGACGCUACAAGCCAGCGUGAUGGCAGUGAUGUACAAAAUGCCAAAGAACUGGACAAUUUAAGAGAAGAAUUAAAGAAGCUGAAAGAAGAACGUGAUUAUUUUCAAGGACAAUUUAAAUUUCAGACACAAGUUAAUGCGGAACUAAAAAAUUUACUAGUUGCCUCGGUGGGAGAAGAUUUGCUUACACGAGUAAAUGUACUAACCGAAGAUAAAUUGCAACUGGCCAGAGCUUUGCUCGAUACAGCCAACAACUUAACAACACAUACAGAACAAAUUGAAUUUUUAGCUGGCCAAUGUGAAGUUUGGCGUUCAAAAUUUCUGGCCAGCAGUGUAAUGGUAGAAGAAUUAGCCAGAUGGAAGGCAGAUCUAACACAAAAAAAUCAAAUGCUUAACGAAUCUACAAAAAAACUACUACACACAACACAUCAACUGAGGCAAAUGCAGUUAGAAAUGUUGAAAAACUUGAAAUUUUUAGCAAAAAUACGCUACCUUAAUUUACCAGCUUCCGAUGUCAUAACUUUGUCAGCAGAAAACUUAAAUAUAUUACAACAAAUGGUCUUACAUUCUGGUGUUGGUAUGCCAGAAAGUGAUAUAAGCAUAUCUUCUGCUUCGACAUCACCACUAUGUGAUUCUGAAAAAUAUGCUGUACAGGCUUUAGAGUUUAUUAGCCAGCCUUUAAUGGCCACCGAUGAAGCCAUCAAGGCAUUGUUUGGCCAGGCUCAAAGACCUUAUGCUACGCAAGUGUCAACGACUUCAGCCACUGAAUUGGAAAAUGUUAAUUCAACUUUAAAGGAAAAUUAAACCGUAUUUUUACUUACAUACUUAUAAUCUAUUGUAUAAUAAUUUAAACCAUCAUCUGUAAUAUUUUAUAUUCCCUAAUUAUAGUCUUCAAAAUAAAGCAAUAAUUAUUAUUAUUAUUCUUAACAAA